GGAGCUCAGCAGAAGGCAACAGGUCUGAAAUGAGGGCAAAGCAUUACAGACUAUUUGAACAUAAAGAAAAAAGACAUUAUCAUGUCCUUAAACUACAUCAAGAACUUCUAUGAGGGAUGCCUCCGGCCUCCAACUGUUAUUGGUCAAUUCCACACCCUGUUUUUUGGCUCCGUCCGCAUGUUCUUCCUGGGUGUUCUGGGAUUUGCCGUUUAUGGGAAUGAGGCCCUUCACUUCAGCUGUGACCCCGAAAGAAGGGAGCUCAACCUCUUCUGUUACAAUCAGUUCAGACCUGUAACACCCCAGGUGUUUUGGGCCCUGCAGCUAGUGACGGUUCUUGUUCCAGGGGCCGUGUUUCAUCUGUACGCCGCAUAUAAAAACAUAGAUCAAGAAAAUAUACUGGAACGACCAACAUACACAGUGUUCUACAUCAUUUCUGUACUGUUACGAAUCGUCCUGGAGAUGGCAGCAUUCUGGCUCCAGAGUCGUCUCUUUGGGUUCCUGGUUCAUUCGCUGUACUUCUGUGACACCAGUUCACUAGAGAAGAAAAUAAACUUCACCAAGUGUAUGGUACCAGAGCACUUUGAAAAGACCAUCUUCCUCAGCGCAAUGUACAUUUUCACCAUCAUCACCCUGAUUCUGUGUAUGGCUGAGAUUUUUGAAAUCCUCUGCAGAAGGUUGGGCUAUUUAACAAAUCAAUGACAAUCGUAAACUUGAAAAUAACAGACAAAAGAAUGCAAAUGUAAAAGAUCAUUUUCACAUCAUCAAACUGCAUGAUUUCAUGGUAUCCAUCCAUUAUUCUUUACCUCACUGUGAAUAAAACACUGUGAGAGGCAGAAAUAAGUGUUUGUAAAUAUUUUGCACUAUAAUAAUCUACUCAUUUUACAUAUUCUCUAACAUAAUCACUGUUAUUUCGUUCAUACUGUCAUUAAACUUCAUUGUAUUAUGUAUUAUUGUAGAUGUAUGUUUCAUUGCAAACAUUAAAUCUCAUUAAUCUCUCAUGGCUACAUACGGAGUCUUAAAUUCAUUCACGAGUUCACAUUUACAUCAAUUAAACAGAGUAAAGAUUAUGCGUAUUUGGCGUGCUGUCCAGGGGGAGGGCUCCGAGCUCGGAAUUUUUGCCCGAACCCAGAGUGCUCCCCCCCUCGUUGUUGUAAGAGUAUUUAGGAGAAGAAGUGAGGAGAUGGGGUGGUGGUGGGAUGCUGUUAGACUGUCAAUGAACUGAGUUAAGUUUGCUGUAUAUAUACCUCUUACUUCAUUGAUUGGGAGUGCGCUCCACUCGUGUCUAAUUAGGCUUGAUUACCUGAAUGUGCUCCACCUGUGUUUAAUUCUGAACAUGCUCCUCCCGAACUUUGUUAGUAAAACAUCAUUUAGUAAAU